CGUUCACACUUAGCAGCGGGCGCUGGGCGUGUGUGAAAUGAGGCGGCCCGGGGCCGCCCGGCUCCCGCCUUGCGCUGAGCGGCUGGGGCUGUGAGCGGGAUCCCCGGGGGGCCGCUUUGGGAGUCCGCCCCCCCCCCCCCCCCGCGCAGGGACUCGAUGCCCAGGCAGGGAGCAUGGCAGGGAGGCGGCCGCUGGGCACCCGCGCCCGCUCCCUGCUCCGGUGGCUGGGGGUGCUGCUGCUGCCGCUGCUCCAGGUCGGGCAGGGCUGCCCGGGGCACUGCUACUGCUUCGCCACGCCGGAGCUGGACCAGUGCAGUUACGUGCGCCUGCAGGAGCCGCCGCGGGACCUGCCCCGCGGGGUGCGCAACCUCACCAUCGCGGGCGGCAACCUGACGGUGCUGCGCCGGGCCGCCUUUGCCGGCCACGCGAGCCGGCCGCUGGGCGACCUGAGCCGGCUGCUGCUGCCCCGCGACAACAUCCAGGCCAUCGAGGAUCGCGCCUUCCAGGGGCUGCCCGGCCUGGCGGCGCUGGACCUCAGCCACAACCCGCUGCGCGCCCUGGCCGGCGGCGCCUUCCGCGGCUGCCCGCGGCUGCGCACCCUCAAGCUCAACCAGGCGCUGCUGCUGCUGGGCGAGGAGCCGCUGGCCGGCGCCCUGCGCAACCUGAGCCUGCGGCGGCUGGAGCUGGCGGGCAACGGGCUGCGGGCGCUGCCGGGCGCCGCGCUGCCGGAGGGGCUGGAGGAGCUGGAUCUGCGGAACAACUCGCUGCAGGGGCUGAGCCCCGAGGAGCUGGCCUGGUUGGACUCAGCCCCGCUGGGCAGGCUCCAGCUCUACCUGGGCUCCAACCCGCUGCGCUGCGACUGCGCCCUGCGCCCGCUGCUGGGCUGGAUGCGCAACGCCAGUUGGAGGGUGCCCGACGCGCGCAGCCUGCGCUGCGCCGCCCCGCGGGAGCUGAGCGGCUCGCCUGUGCUGCGCCUCCGCCUGGAGCAGCUGGGAUGCGGGGCCGGCUGGGAGCCGCGGCCGGAGGAGGCCGGCGAGCAGAAGGAACUGGAGACCGCCUCCUACGUGUUCUUCGGCAUUGUGCUGGCGCUGAUCGGGGUCAUCUUCCUCAUGGUGCUGUACCUCAACCGCAGGGGCAUCAAGCGCUGGCUCAACAACCUGCGGGAGGCCUGCCGGGACCAGAUGGAGGGCUACCACUACCGCUACGAGCAGGACACCGACCCGCGCCGGGCCAGCACCAGCCCCUCGGGGCUCUGAGCCAGAGUGCGGGGGCCACCUCGAAGCCAGAUAGCCCUGCUGCACGCAGGGAUCCCACCCUUCCAGACCCCACCCCCGGCCCCCGAGGAUCCCACUCCUCCACCCAUAGCCCGUUGGGAUCCAACCCCUGGCCCUCGGGGAUCUUUCCCCCAGUCCUUGAGGUUCCCAUCCAUCUGCCUACUACCCACAGCCCUUGGGGAUCCCACCUCCCAACACCCAUUACCCACAGCCCUUGGGGAUCCCACCUCCCAACACCCAUUACCCACAGCCCUUGGGGAUCCCACCCCAAGCCCCCACUCCUGGCCCUUGGGGAUCCUUUCCCCAGUCCUUGGGGAUCCCACUCCUCCAACCACUACCCACAGUCCUUGGAGGUCCCACCUCAUUAUCCAAGGAGUGUAUCCCACACACAUGAGUAGGGCUACCACUAUCCAGGAAAUCCCCACAUCCAUUCACCAACUAGGGCAUAUCCCCAGACAGGAGAAUAUCUAUCCACCCACGGAUUAUCUCAUAAAACCCCACUCCACCAAUCCCACGCACUCCCCAGAGGGGCACCCUUCCCCCCACUUUUGCCCACCUACUCAUGGAACAACCCCCAGAAGAAUACCCUUCACCAACCCCCAUCCUCUACCCAGGGAAUACCUACCUCCCUCCCACCCACCCACCCACUACUUGGGAAUACUCCCCUCUCCCUUCAUGCCUGACAGGGGGCACUUCCAACCAGAGGGAACCCCACUCCCAAGGACAACACCCACCUGUCCAGGGAACACCCAGCAAAACACCCCUCCACCAGCCCUCACCUCCAGGAGAACAGCUUUUUGCCAACCCACUCAAGAUAGCACAGGAUCCAUCCUCAAGAUAGUAACAGCCCUCCCACAAAACUAAGAAAACUGCACAGGAUCCCCUCCACCCCCUUGGCUCACUGCACAGCAUCCAGUCCCCAGAAUAAUACAUCCCCCUCAAGGGUCCUGGGGAUUGUGAAUGAGAGAGCUACUCACCUUCAAAUGAAUAACCGGCAUCAGAGACCGCACAGGACCCAUCACACCCACCCUCCCACCAGUGUUCUAGGGGCACGUGAAUGUACAGGACUCUCCGCCUAGAAUAAACCCCCAGUUGGGAAUUCACUGGCUCCAUCCUGAGAGGCCCUUCUCUCCCCACCCCAAUGGUCCAGGGGGUGUGAUGUGAACGUACAGGAAACACCCAGGUCCAUGCAGAAGUAACUAUGCAGGAACCACUCCCGAAGAACCCCUCCCACCCAGAAUCCACGGGGGGGUAUGAAUGUACAGGAUCCCUUUUGAGUGAACACAUCCCUUUCGAAAGAAAGCCCUUCACUCCUCCAGGGUGUGUGACAGCACGUGUUCCACUGCCCUAACAGAAGAACCCUCUCCCUAUGUCCCAUAGGAUGCUCCUCCAAAACCAUCGUCAGUGUCCAGGGAAGAAUCCAUGGGCCUGACCCCAGCAAAAGACCCUCCCAUGCCCUGCGGGAGUUAUGAAUGCACUGAAGAGCUCCAUGCACACGCAACUCCUAGUUACUCCAGGAGAUCCUUUUAAUUUUUCCUUUGUUAAAAAAACAAACAACCUUCUGCCACAAGCUAGACUACAACACCCUGUGAAUUUACUUUAUGCACGUGGACCGUGGGGUGAGUUUUUACUUGGUGAGUUGCUGAAAGCAACGGGCUAGAUGGUAUUAAACCUGUUUCCUGGAUUUUUUGGAGCCUAGACUUUUACCUGUACAGUUCUCUUUCCUAGUAUAUUUCUAACAAAUGCAAAACUAACUUGAUUUUUUUUUUUUUUUUUGCUCCAAACACAGAGGAAAAGAAAACAAAAAAAACCCACAAGAAGUCAUAUGAUCUGCUAAGCCCAUUUAUUUAUUACGGUUUUGUUCCACAAAAAUUAUGACUUCUCUCAGGCACAAAAUAAUGCACCUGCACAACAACAAACUUCCCUGCAGGCUGUAUGCAUGUUGCUAAAGCACAUGGAAGCAACUCAUUUCCGACUGCGAAGUAUAAUCUAGAGUCGACUGUCUCAACACUCUUCAUAACUGUUUUUUUUAAAAAAAAAAAAAAAGCUCUCAAUAUCUUGCACAGGUUUGCUUAGAUCUGCGCCUGCUAGUAUAUACUAGAGCAAAUAUACUGAAAGCUGCCUCCGGUGUAUUGUAUGUUUUCUAUAAAGCUUAUUGCAAUAAUUUCUGACUAUUCAUGGCUGAAGCAAUGUUGUUAUGAUCCAUGUUUUGCAGAGCAAGACCGCUAGGUACUAAGUAAUCUCUGUAAAUAGAUGGUUACAUAUACACUUCUGUGCUAUUGCUCGUUCUGUGGCUAGGGAAGCAGAAUGGGUUUAAUGGUUAGUGCACAGCACUUGGGUUCUGAUCAUUCUGAUCCAAACUUGCUGUGUGACCUAGGAUAAAUGACUUAGACCAGCGGUUCUCAAACUGGGGGUUGGGACCCCAAAGUGGGUCGGGACCCUGUUUUAAUGGGGUCACCAGGGCUGGCAUUAGAUUUGCUGGGGCCCAGGGCCAAAGCCCAAGCUCCACCACCCGGGGUCAAAGCCAAAGCCUGAGGGCUUCAGCCCUGGGUGGCGGGGCUCAGAUUACAGGCCCCCCGCCUGGGGCAGAAACCUUUUGGGCUUCCGUUUUGGCCCCACCAGGCUUUGGAAUUGGCCCAGGGCAGUGGGGCUUGGGUGGGUUCAGGCUUCAGUCCCCACUCCUGGGGUCGUGUAGCAAUUUUUGUUGUCAGAAAGGGGUCACCAUGCAAUGAAGUUUGAGAACCCCUGACUUAGGCAGCGGAGCACGGAGGAACCCAGAAUUAUUGGCCACUUUGGAAAUUAAGGUCUAAGUAUAGCAACGUCUUUAGCCUGCUGAGGCCCCCUGCCCCCAGCUCCAGCUGGCAACCAGGGGAGCUGCAGGUGCACCGUAUCUCUGAAAACCAAGCUGUAGCUUUCUCUGAAGUGGGACUCCUUAAAAGGGAGGCACCCAAAAUGAGCGGACCCGACUGAAAAUGGCCUUCACUUGGUCUGUGUUUGCCUCUCGGUCAUAGCAGGAUAACAACAUUUACAUACUUCACUGGAGUGUUGUGAGCCCUAAUACAUUAAAGCCUGAUCACAACGGAGUCGACAGCAGUACUCCCGCUGACGUCCCUGGGCCCAGGAUCCAGCCCUUACUGUUUCUAGCGUGCUUUGCCUUGCUUCCAAGCAUUGCAAUGUGGAUUAUUAUUGUUCUACUCUAAGGCAUUAGCACAUCCAGGUCCAAAAUCUGCAAGCUGCUCUAUGCGGGGCAACCCUGUGGCCCCAUGAGCCUCACUGAAAUCCCAGGGGGAAAUCUGCAUUGAGCAGCUCUCAGGAGAGGGAGCUAAGAGUCUCGCAGUCCUUGCUCAGGCAAAUCUCCCCCUGACUGCAUUGAGUAAAGAGCCCAGGCUCCGUGUGAAAAGCACCCUGCAGACUUGGGCCGUGGAUCCAUGCCUAUUGAAUGCAAUGGCAAAAUCCCUGCCAGCUUCAAGGGCCCUCGUGCUCGUAAAUCACACAGACGCUUUUGAAAAUUUCACCUGUAGGUGCCUAAAUAUGAACUUUAGAAGCCCAACUUUCAGCUCCCAUUUCUAGAAGUGUCAGCCUCUCUCUGUGUUUCAUAAAUGGGGCUUUCUCACCAAGCAGCUCAGAAGCCUAAGAUUAAUACUUUGACAAAAUAUGUCUCCAAGUUUAUGCAGCGUUUUCAUUGCACGUGGCUUUGUCAGUUUGUGAUAUGGUUUAAUCUAAUUAUGCCUGACCUGUCUGCCAGUAACUUUUUGAACAUAUUCAAUAAAUAAAGAAGGCAGAAUGUUUGUGGGAGCAAAGGGCUCUUGCUUCAUGAAGCCAGAGAUCUGA